AUGAAGGUGUCCAAAGGCCCUUUUCAGCCUGAUGAUUCUGACGCUCUGACUCUCUCGGCGAAGCUCGCAGCUUUUCGCAUUGAGGAAGCUGCGAAUGAAAGCAAGAAGGGUAAGGAGAAAUUCAUUUUCAAGGAUGCUGUUACUGACGCUCCAGAAGGCGAAGAUGGGACUCAUGGUGACGAAGAUGAUGACGCGCAUGAUGCUGCUGAUGAUGGCUCGGGUCCAUCGGGGGUUUCUCACCUGCUCAACGAUGAGGAUGAUGGGCUUAUUGCUUAUGACUCUGACGAGGAGGUCGAGGAAGCGUCAAAAGGAGAGAUCGCGUCGCGCUCCCGUUAUCCGAUCACGCUGCUGAUCUCUGAAGAGUUUCUGCCGGAAGUUCCUCGCUCACAGGCAACGAUUAAGGGAUUGCUUACGUCUUUUCCCGAGUACUCACGUCGUUGCUCCGCAGCUGCUGCGACCACUGCAUCAGAUACGACCAAGAUCAUUCUCAAGGACCCGUCCCUGGUGCUGAUUUCCACCAGCGGAAAUCGGGAGGAGUGGGUUUGUCUUCAGGACAGCUGCGAGAAAGCUCAUGGUUCGUCGUUCGAGCAGGCUGCACAUCAUGCGCUGUCCCAGCGGCACCGACAUGGGGCCCGAAAGGGGGGGGAGUCGCUCCGGUUGCUGAAGGGGAAGAUCAACCUCAAGCACCUGAAGAAGGACUAUGGGGCAUGCAGGCGGCGACCGUUUUAUGCUGGCGUGCUUGCUCCUUUCAUGGCGAAUUCUACGGGGAAGCAAAAUUUCAUUCUGAUAGGGGAUCUUAACAUGGUGGAGGACCCUCUGCUGGACAGGUCGUCCGGAGCGGGUUCAUCGGGCGAGAAUAGCAGCGUUGUGCAGAUUUGCUCUGCACACUGCCUUGCCGAUGCUUUCCGCUGGAUGAAUCCGGUGCUGAAGGAGUUCACUUUUCUAUCCAGGCAGCAGAGGUCAGCAAGCCGGGAGCGGCAAAAGCGGUUGCCGCAGUCCGAGAGGAGCGGUGCUGAUGACACCACGCUGGUGCUCAAGGGGAAAAGGCAGGUUGGACGAGCGGUGAAGUUGCUGAACGAGUUUGGAGAUCAAUCGGGGCUCCGGGUUAACAAUGACAAGUCCGCGCUGAUGCCCUUGGGGGGGAACCUGCGUAAGAAGCCAGACAAGAAAUCAGCUUUCAAAUGGGUGCUGCCGAGCGAAGCGGAAAGGGUCCUGGGGGUGUGGGUCUCACCCUCAGGAGACGCAUUGGUAACCUGGGAAAUCACCCUGGUGAGGGCGACAUCGGAGCUGUUGAAGUGGCAGGUUCAUUACCUGACUACGUCUGGCAGGGUCGCAGUGGUCAACGGGUACAUCAACCCGAUCCUCGCUUUCCAGGCACAGGUAUAUCCCCCUCCAAGAGAGAUCUGGGCGAAGCUGGUGAAGCUGCUUCACAACUUCGUCACCGGUAACCACUCGACAGCGGGGAAACAGUUUGCGCUCUGGAGUCAAGAGCUGCUGUUCAAGGGGAGAGGAGAAGGUGGUCUAGGUGUCCGGGAUCCGUGUGCUGAGCUGGGGGGCCUCGCAGCCAGGAGGAUCGCUUUGCUGGCGUCACAGCCGCUGGGGCUGCGCGCCGAUCUUGCUCUAGCAGCACUGGAUGUCCCCGAUCUUCAGGUUUUCUGGGCGCACACGGGGUUGAUAAAGCAGUGGGAAGGGAGGUGUAUGAGGUGGAAGCGGACCUGCGAGCUGUUCCUGGAGUCUAGCUUCCCCUCGUGCAUCAGCGUGUCGUCGGUUUGGGAUGUGGAACAUGAGCUGCUGCUCUUCAAUCGGAUGCUGCUUCUAAACGGGAAGACACCUGCGGGACGGCAGAAGGCGGCUAAAGGUCUGAAGCGGUCUGUCAUGAAGGACUUAAUUAAUGUCGUUGAGGACGGUUCGAGGGCUCUUAAGGGCACCCAGGAGCUCGAGCGGGAGUUCGGGGGUUCAGCAGGGGCGAAGCUGGCGAGGAGGGUUUUUGUCGCUGCCCCGGAUGAGUGGAAACAGUUGCUACUGGCGCCUGUCACGGCGCAUACUGUGCUAGCUGCCUCUAAGUUCGUGCUGAAGGCAGGGACGAGCCACGGGGUCUGGAGGAUUGAAUGUGUGGAGGGGGAAACCCUAGUCUGCCGAGCUAUCAGCUGUUUUCGGGGGGCGCUGGGAGAUGCGGAGGAGAAGUUGCGCAGUUUUCAGCCGCGCGAGGUGAUACCUGCGGUGGUCAGGGAGGGCCGUUUUCUUGGUCCUGCUGGCGCCCCUAAAGAAAGAUUGCUGUGCUCGCCCAUCUGGGAUGGGGACCGUCCGGCGCAGUUGAAACAGUUGAAGGAGGGUUUCAAGCGGUGGGGCGGGAAGCCGAAGCAGCAAGCCACGUGGGAGGAGACCCUCGGCCGUCAGAUUGACUGGGAGAGGGUGAUCGACGUAAGGGACUCAACGGCCCUUCCGAACCGGGCGAGGGACGUGAUGCUCCGGAUCCACAGCCGAAACCUGCAGGUGGGGGAGCGGUUGCAUUUCCUGGGUACUGGUGUUGCAUGUCCGCAUUGCGGGGAGAGGGAGACGCUGGAGCACGGGCUAUUUCUCUGCCCGCGUAUCCAGCCGGUGGUUCGGUCAUUACUGAAGGCACUCCGCAUGCUGAAUCCGCAUCGGAAGAUCGAAACGCUGGGGGACCUGGUUUUCAAGAAGGAGGGGACAGCUUCGGGCUUUCCCGAGGCUUCGCUUACAGCGAUCGCUCUUCACCGAAUCUGGGUGGAGAGGUGCGAUGCGGUCUUUGAACGGAGCAAGUUCCGAGCCAAAAGGGCAUUGCGGAGGAUUGCGGCGUCUUUCCAGCUGCACGUCAGAAUUUACAAGCGUGCCAAGGCGGCAUCCAAGAGGCUCGGUGCCACUCGUCAUGGACUGGAUGAUGACGAGUGCCGGGUCUUGAGUCACAUCCUCGACAACACAGCACAACCGGCCACGUGGUCUAAAGGGUUCAUGGCCAUCUGGUCGAACCCGAGGGCUGCUUUCCGUCCCCCUUAG